UUUGUCAUUCGAUAGGAUAUUUUUAUUGCCGAACAGUAGUGCUUUCCGCAAAAUUUUCGCGAAUUCGUGGUUGUCGUGAUGACACUCACGAACAAAGGAAAUGCCGGAAUGGUUCAACGAAGUACAAGCUCUGCCGUUCACUCGGUGUGGUCUUUUAUGAGAUCGUGCGUUAAUCUGAGACACCGAGAUCCGUACGGCCUGCGUGCUGGCGGUGGUUUAUCCUACGAAGACGACACUUACGGAUCAUUCAUUGUCGAACUGGAAAAAAGUGAAGAAUUUCCGCACUGGGGAUUGAUACUAGCAGGUGGUGCGGACCGCGGAGCCCCGGUUGUCGUUGCGAGCUUGCGAAGGAACAGCAUUGCGGAUGUUAGUGACAGUCUUCAACCGGGAGAUUUCAUCAUGGCUGUUAAUGGAUCACUCACCGACGUCUUGAAACAUGGAGAUCUGAUCGAACUCUUAACCGCAUCAUCUUUAAAGUUGAGUUUAGAAGUCGGUUACGAUAUGCAACCUGUUCUCAACCUCUCAUCUACGAAAGACGCCAAAAAGCUGACGUACGCGAAAGCGAUGCAAGUCAGGCUUUCGCGGCCUCUUGGUUGUGGACUAGGAAUUAUUUUGCGUGGCGGUUACCAGGAACAUACAGGACGGAAUUAUCCUUUGAUUGUAUCUUACAUUCGUCCUGGAGGAGCAGCAGCGGACGAGGGCAGCAUUCAAGUUGGUGACAGAGUUGUUGCUAUAAACGGCAUAUCGUUGUUCCAAGCUACUUUGAGCGAUGCCGUCCGUAUUUUGAGCUCCAGUGAUGGCAUUCAUGAAACAGGUCGUCGUCAAGCCGACGUGAAUCGACGGCAUCAGAUGUUCACCUUGACUGUGGAAUACGAUGUGGACGCCAUUGAAGAGAAAUCAAAAGCGAAAGGCCCAUUAACUGUUGACAUCCCCUGUUCAUCCGAUGGUUCAUCCUUGGGCGUUCAGCUGGGGAUCAGUUUUUGGGACGGGGCUUCGAUUGUCGUGGAAGCUGUUCGUCCCGGAAGUAUCGUUGAUCGAUGUGGCGCUCUUCAUCCAGGAGACCGAAUUUUGAUGAUAAACGGUGUCGCCGUAGAAGGAAUCCAAGUUGCCGAAGUGAAUGAAAUCCUUGAAAGGCGGGUACUGAAGCCGUGGAAGAUUUUGAUCAUUCCUUCACAUUUGCUAUCCGGGAAUCCGAAAAUUGCAGGUGAUUGGAGAUUCGUUUCGUCUCGGGAUAUGCAGAAGAAGAGCAAAUCUCGCCGUCACAGUUUUUCAAAGCCGGCGACGAAUGCACCAAAUGAACCACAAACGAAUCGAAGUUCCUCGCUGACGAGGAGUGUUCGGAGGGAUUUAAGUUCGAAGCCACCGCUUGCUCCCCGCGACUCCGUUAUGAAACGAGCGGAUUCUGACCCGGGGACGUGCAAGCGACUGCGUUCAGAGACGCAUAUCGUGGAGCUUUGGCCAGAUUAUCGCCGGGAUUUCGAUCAUGGUUAUUAUUAUGGGUUCACCGUGAGCGGAAAGACGUUUGGAGAGGAUGGGUUGUUGGAAAGUCCUCCGGUCAUUUCUGCUGUGGAUCCGCAAGGCUCCGCGCGAAGGUGUGGCGUGAUCCAAGAAGGUGAUCGGAUCCUGAGUGUUAAUGGUCGAGCAUUUGCGUCCUUUUCAUUGGAAUCGUUGUGCAGUGCCAUUGCUGAGAUGAAACCACCUCUCAGUAUUAUGCUUGCUUUCGACAUUUCGGAUCCCCAUUCGCCAGCAUUUGGUAACUUUUAUGUUACUAUCGCUCUGAAUGGAAGACCACCAGGAGUCACGUUCAUGCGGAGAUUCCAGAUGAACGAGUCCAUAAGAGAAGGUGGAUUGAGAAUCGACACAAUUAUUGUGGGCUCUCCUGCUCAUCGUUGUGGAAACCUUGUUCCUGGAGAUGUCAUCACGGCAGUGGAAGAUUACAAUUUGAACGAGUUUUGGGCGGAUGAUGAAGUUAUCGCUACGAUGCAGUCGGCAUCUGAUCCAGUCCGUGUCAAGGUUUCCCGCGAACAACAGGCUGCUGAAUCUGGGACGGUGUUGGAUCGUGUCGAUGGAUAUCUAUAUAAGGUGGGCAAAGGAUCAAAUGCCUCCUUGGAGAAAAGUGUUUUCGACUCUUGGGGUAGCCUCUUCGAACAAACUUGUCCAAAAUCGCCGCGAGCAAAAACCCCGAGUCCGUCGUUCAGCCUAACGAAUACAAAAAGAUCGCUGGAGUCUCUGGGAAGUUUGGCCAGUACAAGAUGUAACAGUGCUGCGGGGCAGAACUUAUCUAAAAGCGAUGUGAAAGUUCUCGAAGAGGAGAAUUCAUCCUUCGCUUUCGACAGAGCUGGAGCAAACUCUGCGUCUGGUAUAGACUCCACGAAUGACCCAUGGGAAGAUCUUUUAAGAAGUUUGCGCGCUGCUGGACGGUCGCCGAGUGCUUCUUGUGCAUCUCUCACAUCUGGAAAGGAAAAAGACAUCAAGUCUGGACCAGGAAAAGGUUCGAGUUUUGUGAAAAAAGAAAGCAUCGAAGCUAGUGAUGUAGCAUCCGUAGGAAACCGGAGAGACCGAUAUUUUUGCGACGUCCCUGAUGUUGUAUAUCCGGAACUUGCUCGGGGCGGAGCGCAGAGUUCCGCAAGUGCACGACCUGAAACUCCCGAGGAUUCCACAGUGGAGAUCCUACAAGUGCAACUCACGAAAGAUCCCGUGUAUGACGAUUUUGGGUUUAGUCUGUCUGACGGGCUAUCUGUCCCAGGAGUUUAUGUGAAUCGGAUUCGUCCUAAUGGUCCCGCCGAUGUGUCUGGGAAAAUUCGUCCAAUGGACCGAAUUCUUGAGGUCCAUGGAAUAGAUACGCGAGACUUGAACUGCUGUAUGAUUGUUCCAUUGGUCGCCUCAUCUGGAGAAACAUUGGAUGUGGCAGUUGCUCGGAAGCCAGGCCAAACAUUACAGUCAAGCUUCCGUUACUUGGAAGAUUCGAGAGGAGACUCACCCCUUGCGAGAAAACCUGCUGGAACUGAGAAAUUCAUUUUGUGUCCGAACGCCGAGAUGAGUGCGGACUUGGAUGUCGAUAUCAGUGACCCUAAUGGAAACCAAAAGCGAACUGAGAAAAGCCUCGGGAUCCUAACCCAGAGAUUCGUUGAGCUCUUGCAAACCACCCAAGGCGGCAUCAUUGACCUCAAACAAGCCGCCCAGAAAUUAGAAGUUCGUCAAAAGCGCCGCCUGUACGAUAUUACUAACGUACUUGAGGGAAUCGGCCUUAUCCGGAAGUGUGGCAAGAACUUCGUGCAGUGGCGUGGUGGGAAAUUGUUGCGCCGUCCAGUUGAAGGCAGUGGUUCGCAAGGCGAACGAUCGACUGCGUUACGUGAUGAAAUUUUUGCUAUGAGGUCCGAGAGCGAGCGACUGGAUUCUUUGAUUCAGAUGACGUCUCAGUCCGUUAAAAACAUGUUCGAUGAUGAGGACUUUACCAGAUACUGCUAUGUUACUCCGGAAGACAUCCAGCUCAAGUUUCCGGAUGACGAUGAGAAAGUUGUUCUUGGUGUUCACAGCGAACAGCAGUCAUCAGUCCAAGUUUAUCAACCUAUGAAGGUUGAAGUGCCGGGACGAGGGGUGUUCGUGAGACGAAAGCUUUCACUGAAAUGUGAGGAUGGGCCGAUUGAUAUGUUCCUCUUGAAUCAGGAUGGUUUGAAGAAAUCGAAAGCUAGUAAAAAUGCAAGCAAAUUGCAUUGGAAAAAAGAGACGCCGAUGAAGAUCAAAGCGGAAGAUGUAAAUGACAGUGAGGCCUUCCUUGGUGACCUCAACUGUCGCAACAUAUGUCAACUUUUGAAUGGCCACUUCGCCAAGCCGGAAAAUAUGGACCCAGAAUUCGACGCGGAUGACGGUGAUGAUGUGUCCUUCGAAUUACCCUAUCUCAAGCAUGUUGUUUCCCCGACUGAAUGGUUUAAUCGAAUGAUGGGAGUUGAAGAAGGGUCUAGAAACUUGUUCGACAUCGACGUCGGGCCAGAGUCACCGUAUUUUGUGGAAGCCCCGAGUGACCCAGCGGAGCAUUUUCCAAUGGACACUACUGGCCAAGAAGCGAGCGACAAGAAUUCGAGGUCGUUGGCUCCGCAGCGCCGGGCUGCUGUUGAGGAUUAAAUUGUUUCUUUUAUUGCGUGAAUGUUUUUUCAGUGCCAGAGCACAGACAAUAUUUGUACAUUUCAGCCCGAGCUGGAUACCGAAAAAAAUUUUUGAAGAGAAGAAUAACACUCGGUACGUUCAAAAAGUUCUCGUCAAUUCCGGGGGGGGGCUAUGGGUUUAGUUGCGCAUUUGUUUGUUGAAUUUCGUUUAGCCUUGAACUUCUGGCGAAGUUUUUUGUACUGCUCGCUGAGCCUUCUCUAGAACUUUAAUGCUGUUGCUGGCAUUAUGGAAUGUUUAUGACUGCGUAAAUUGUAUUCUCACGUAAGCGAUCAGUGGUGUGAGCAGUUCAGCUGAUUCGUUGAGAGCUGCCUCACGAAAUUUGGAUACGAAUUUCACGUGAUUUACGGCAGAACUUUUUGAACAUUCCUGCUAUCUUUUUUACAUGCAAGAUUUUUAAGCUUACCAUGAUGUUUCUAUCAUUGCUUUUUGAAUUGAAUGUUCCCGUACCAUUUUAUCGAUAAUGAAGAUAUCUAAUGUUUUCGGCGGGUGUUUCACAAAUAAUUCAACACCGGUUUGAUUUCGAAUGCGACUGUUAUAUUGGUCAGCAAAGUUGGGUGAAGUGAGCAUUUUUGGAUGAAUUUUGAAGAAGGUUUUACUUACUUUUAAUGAUUUCUAAUUAUUAUUUUUUGUGCUUAUGUUUUUUUUUCAUUGGUUGCUGUUCAUGUGUUGUGGGGACUUUAGUCAUGAUUGAAGAACCUUGCUGGAGUGGUAUUCCAAGCCAUCAACUUUAAACGAUGUAUUCAUCCUGCCCUAAUUGUUAGAUGUGGGUUAGGAGCGCAAAAAGUUAAAGUGCUCCCUAGGAUCAUCAUAUUUUGUUACUUUUUUACGAACUUAAGGCAUGUGGAAUAUCACGAUUGCUUAUUUACGUUCUGUUCUCCCUGUAUUUUGCACAUUUUGCUUCAGCUCUUGGAGAUCCUUGUGACUGUUGACGGGUGUUUGUUCAUAUGAUCCGUUGGAAAAAUUCGGGUUUUUUGGAAGUACGAAUUUUAAUCGACGGUAUUUUUCCGUCGAGAUUGAAAACUGUCGGCGUGUAUGUGUGCAGUUCAUUUUGUUUGUUUUCUCUUUUUUUGUACGGGUCGCUGCGGAAGGCGCAAGCAUUGGAAAAUGUGGAAUGGCUUUGGAUUUUUGUCUCGAAGUUGCUCGCCAAGUCUGGAUCGUUGAGGAAAAUUUCCAAGAUUUUCUUCUGGGAAA